AUGGCUUUUAGAGGGUUUGUCUUGUGUCUAGCUACGGUGAUGGUGGCCACAAUGUGGACUCAAAAUGCUACUGCCCAAUCAGGUUGCACCAAUACACUCACUAGCUUGAGCCCUUGCCUGAACUACAUAAUGGGAAGUUCUUCAACUCCAUCAGCUUCAUGUUGCUCUCAGCUCUCAAGCGUUGUCCAAUCUUCACCACAGUGCCUUUGCUCGGUGCUUAAUGGUGGGGGUUCCACUUUUGGAAUCACCAUUAAUCAAACUCUUGCUUUGUCUCUCCCUGGCGCUUGCAAAGUGCAAACUCCCCCAAUUAGCCAGUGCCAAUCUGGCAAUGGACCAACAUCUCCUUCGACUGCUCCAGCUGGUUCUCCUUCUGAUUCUUCAGCUGAAUCACCUCAAGGGUCCAUUACACCUUCUGCUUCAGACUUUCCCUCAGGAGCAGGUUCUAAAACGGUGCCAUCAACAGAUGGUGGUUCAUCUGAUGGAAGCGCUAUUGAUGUCCCCUCUCACUUGGUGCUCCAUCUUCUUGCCAUUGUUUCUUGUGUCUUAACCUUCACCAAGUUCUGA